AUGCCCGCCGCAAUCGACUUGCAACAGCCGCUGGCGGCCGAUGAUACCAGAAUCCUCGGCCAGGACCCUCUGAUCCCGCCAGCUCUGCUUACUUGCGAGAUUCCCAUGACGGAAUGUGCUGUCCAGACCGUCGUCAAGGGUCGGAAUGAUGCUGCCGAUAUUAUCAUGGGCAGCAGUGACCGACUCUUGGUCGUUGUCGGCCCGUGUUCCAUCCACGACCCUGCUGCUGCCCACGAGUACGCCGCCAAACUCAAGGCCCUCUCCGACAAGCUCGCCGACGACCUGUGUAUAGUCAUGCGUGCCUACCUCGAGAAGCCCAGGACCACCGUUGGCUGGAAAGGUCUGAUUAAUGACCCAGAUAUUGACUCAUCCUUCCAGAUCAACAAGGGCUUGAGGGUUUCCCGUCGGCUCUUCGUCGACCUCACCACCAAUGGCAUGCCUAUUGCUAGCGAGAUGCUAGAUACCAUCUCUCCCCAGUUCCUGGCCGACUGCAUCUCUGUUGGUGCCAUUGGUGCCCGAACCACCGAGUCUCAGCUGCACCGUGAGCUGGCAUCAGGGCUGUCUUUCCCCGUGGGAUUCAAGAAUGGAACUGACGGGAACCUCGGAGUUGCUAUUGAUGCUAUUGGUGCCUCUGCCGCCUCCCACCACUUCAUGGGAGUCACCAAGCAGGGCUUGGCUGCUAUUACUCGCACCAAGGGCAAUGAACACGGCUUCGUCAUCCUUCGUGGCGGAAGCAGAGGCCCCAAUUUCGACAAGGAAAGUGUUCAGACAGCCAAGAAGUCCCUGUCAGACAAGGGUCAGAAACUUGCCAUCAUGAUUGAUUGCUCCCAUGAAAGCCCAGGCAACUCCCAGAAAAACCACAACAACCAACCCAAGGUUGCAAAGGCCGUUGCAGACCAACUCAGGGAGGGUGAAAAGGCUAUUAUUGGUGUCAUGAUUGAGUCCAACAUCAAUGAAGGGAACCAGAAGGUUCCUCCUGAGGGCCCAUCUGGGCUUAAGAGGGGCGUCAGUAUCACUGAUGCUUGCAUCAGCUGGGAAAACACCAUUACUGUGCUGGAGGAUCUUGCUGCGGCCAUUCGGACACGGCGUGAAGUCAACGGUUCAUCUGCCAACGGAGUGGCCGAGGUCAAAGCAUAG